AUGACGGUGUGCGAGUUUUUCGGUUGCACAUUCUUAGCCUUCGGGCCCCCGUUUGCCAUGUUCAUCUUUACCAUCGCCUCCGAUCCAGUGCGAAUCAUCAUUCUCAUCGCAGCUGCCUUCUUCUGGCUGCUCUCAUUGCUGUUAUCUUCCAUGCUGUGGUUCGCCGUGGUGCCUCUCCGACAAGAACUCGCUUUCGGGCUCGUUUUCAGCGUAUUCUUCCAAGAAGCGUUCCGGUAUAUCAUUUACAAGAUCCUCCGUAAGGCAGAGAGCGGCUUCAAGAAGAUUUCUGAUGAUAGUGCUACGCUUAUUGAGAACAAACACAUCCUCGCUUAUGUGAGUGGUCUGGGCUUUGGGAUUAUGAGUGGGGCAUUCUCGCUUGUGAAUGUAGUAGCAGAUGCUGUGGGGCCAGGAACGAUGGGACUCAAGUCUGGCAACGAGAUGUUCUUCAUAAGCAGUGCUGCAAUCAGUUUGUGUUUCAUUCUUCUACAUACUUUCUGGAGUGUGAUUUUCUUCAAUGCAUGUGAUAAUAAGAAUUUGGUCCAUUUGGGAUAUGUUGUACUAUCUCAUUUGAUUGCUUCAUGUUUAACAUUGUUGAAUAGAUAUCAAAAUUACUAUGCUUGCAUAAUACCACUGUACCUGAUUGUCAGUGUGACUGGAAGUUUCGCUUUCAAGGUAGCUGGAGGGUCUUAUGCAUCUUUCAAAAACUGUAUUAGCAUUAAGUGA